UCAAUGAGUUAAUAAUUGUUUUUUAUUUGGGCUCCAAACCAAAAUAACACAAUGUUAUAUAGCAUCAUAUUAAUAAUAUGUGUCUCCUUUGAGUUUUUGUUGAUUAAGGUCGAUAAAGUACCGUUUUAGUUAGCUAUUAUAGAGGGUAGAAGGCUGAACAUUUUUCACGUUUUCGAAACUACGUUGACCAAGAUGCAUUGCGCCGAUGGACACUUCCUAGUUACUUGGUCGCCUGGCUUCCUUUGCCUGUCAUCAGUGCUGCCUACAACAACAAUAACUGCCAGGAAGAUACUUGUGCUGUAGUCGCUGAGUCAACGGGAUAAGUCACAGAGGAAAGAAGGGAGACGUAAAGACAGCAUUGUACAUCUCAGAUGAAAAGGAGAGACUGCUGAUUGAUAAUGGAGGAUUUCAGACGGACAUACCUUCGUCUGUGUAAGGAGAACGGUGUGGAGCCUCAGGAGAGUGUUGUGGCUCAGCUCCAAGAGAGCAGGGUGGCUCAGGGCUCCAGACUGGACUUGAGUGGACAGAGCUUGUCUGCAGAUACCUGCUCUGUGCUGGCCAGGGCCUUCCAAAAAGAUACAGUCUUUACAGAGGUGUUGCUCAGUGACUGUAUGCUCAGCGAGGAAGGUGCAAAAAUACUUCUGACUGGACUUUUAGGCAACACAACUGUAAAAGUCCUGGAUCUGAAGGGGAAUAACCUGAGAUCAACAGGGGCUGAGGUGUUGGGAAAGCUGUUGGCACGUAACAAGACUCUGCGUAGGCUGGUGUUGGAGUGGAACGCGUUGGGGGUGUGGGACGAAACCUUCUCACUCUUUUGUGAGGGUUUGGCCUCCAACAGUGUGCUGACACAGCUCGACCUGCGCAACAAUCAGAUCAACCACCACGGAGCAUCCGAGCUCGCUGUGGCACUUCAACGCAACACCACAGUGCAAGUGCUAGAUCUGAGGUGGAACAACAUUGGUCUGCUGGGUGGCAGGACUUUGCUUGAGGCUCUGCAGAAGAACAAGAGCAUAGUGCAGCUGGAGAUGGCAGGGAACAACAUACCCAGUGACACACUCAAAGCACUUGAGCAGACCACAGGGCACAACUCAGACAGAAAGUCCACCCUGAGAGAGAGCCGCAGCAGGUCCCAGAUCCUCGGCAAGGAGAUUCACACACUAAAGGAGGAGAAGGGCCGGCAGUUCCUAAGCCUCAUGGAAACCAUAGACAGGCAGAGGGAGGAGAUGGGACGCUCCAGCGGGUCCACUUCCAUUCAGAUAGGCCAACUCCAGGAAGCUCUGAAUGAGAGGAAGUCAGCUGUCAACUCUCUCACUGCCAAAUUACAGAUGACAGAGGCUGCCCUCGCCCUCUCUGAGCAGAAAAAUCACAACAUGGGAGAGCUGCUGACACGAGUGAAGGCCGAGAAAGAAGAACAGAGGGAACGACAGAGCAGAGAGAGGAAGAAGGAGCAAGAGGACAGUGGACUCAGAGAAGGCAAACUCCUCAGAGAGACCCAAAACCUGACAGACACUAAAGUCCAACUCCUGAAUAAAGUGGAGGAGAUGGAGCGCAGGUGUAAGUCUCAGCAGCAGCAGAUCUUUGAACUGAAGCAGGAGCUGACCAACAACACGGCAGAGCUCAAGCUGCAACUAGCACAGGCAGAAGACCGUCUGGAAAUGGAGAAGCGAAGGUCCAAGCAAUCUCUGCAGGACAUGGACAGUCUCCGCCAGAAGGAGGUGGAGCAUGUGAAUCGACAUCUAGAAGAGUGCGAGAGGACUCUGCAGGAACGGAUCUUCAAACUGGAGGGACAGCGGAUACAACUGGAAGAGGAGCUGAGUAAAGCUCGAGCGGCGUGUGUGACAGAGCGGGCCCAGGCAGAGGAGGAGCUGGGAAGAGUGCGAGCUCAAGUGCGUCUGGAAGAGCAGGAGCAUGUGUCGUCUGUUGAGGAGAAGCUUCGCUCUGUGCGUUCCAGCCUGCAGGAGGUCCAGCUCCACUGCUCGCAGCAGAAACAGACCGUCUCUGAGCUGCAAGCCAAGAACAGCCAGCAGAGCAUUGAGAUGAACGGACUGCGGCGCAGGACAGAGGAGCUCCAGCAGGAUCUGUCGGGUAAGGAACAGGACAAGGUGGCUGAAGUAAGCCGGGUGAGGGUGGAGCUACAGGAGCAGAUUGGACAUUUACAGGCGGAGAGAACGGCACAGGGAGGACUCAAAGAGAAGAUCAGCGCUCUGGAGAGAGAAAUUAAAGUACUAAGCAGUAACCACAGAGAGGUGCUCCUCGACAAAGAGAGUGAGAUGUCUUCCAUGCUGGAGAAGCUACGGCUGAAAGAGGUGGAGAUUCAGAGGAUGAGAGAGGACGAAGCUCACAGAGCCAGCUACCUGCAGAGUGCCAUCCUCACCUACGUUCAGGGCUCACCUCUGGGACACUACAGCAGCCCAAAGAAAUGACCCACAGACCUCAAGCCCUCUGCUGUAACCUCUGAGCCCUCAGGCCAGGACCUGAAAAAGAAAAACGUUUGUUUGGACUCAGAAUAAUCAGGAGUGUAUUCAGGGGAUAUAAUCGGUGCUGGGCAAUAUGACUGAGCUGUAAUCAUACCUCACACAAUGUGCAGAUCCGGUCAAGAAUAAAAGGGUUUAAAAGGUCUGGGGAAAAACUACUGACAUUUGGAGGAUAUGCAUGAUCCCCCAGAGGACGAAUAUUACAUGCAGAUAUAUUUAGAUGUAUUUUUAGACCUUUAUUUAGUACAUUAAUGCUCUUUAGGGGACAAAGUACCAAUGACCUUUCAUCUAUUACCACCCUCAGAGCAAAAUGUAAUUUUGUAUCCCACUUUAAUUAACAUUUCAGUCUCUAGGGGUUACUACCAGUCCAUUAGACUUCAACCCUUUUUUGUUGGUUUGUUUGUUUUUUAACAAAAAUGUUGCUAUCUGAAUGAGAUUACCAGUUUUAAAAUAAUGUUUUUAUCUCUUCUAUAGGUUAAAGCAUCAGUUUGUAUUCAUUAAUCCAUUACUCAUUACUCUAAACAUCAAGAGUGAAAACACUAUUAGGCCACUUCUACCAGGCUUCUUAAGUAUCACAAACUGUCUACAAGUACAAUGAGUGCUAUUACAUCUUCAUUAAAAUCAGUCUUCUCUUAAGAAAAUAUUUCAUUUGAAACUAAACUGCUGUCGAAAGGUCUUAGUGAUUUACAUGUCAUUAGAUCAUUGCCAAAAAAUGCCCCACUCUCGUGUCUUUAGCUGUCCAUUAACUGAGACUGCUUAAAAUGAACUGUAUGUCAACAUUUCUCUCUGUUUUCAGCACAUUAUGUUACUCAUUCUUGUUCUCCAGUCUAAACGAAUUAAAGGCACUGCAGCAUUAGUUAGUGUUAGUGUUUACAUACAAAAUAUGAUUUGGUUCAAAUAUGCCUCAAUUCCUUCUUAUUGUAUCUGUUAAACCAGACAACAGAGAGUUACACCGAUUCACAAAAUGUCUUUAAUUAUGUUUUUACAAAUUAUUUUAUGAAGAAAGACCUAAUUUAACUGUGGAUGCAGUUUUUUUAUAAUACAAAUUGCUGUUUUAAAUCUUCAUAUUGUUUCAGAUACGUGAUGGAUAUUUGUCUUUGUAUUUUUUCAGGUGUAUUAUUACCAUUUUACUGUUUUUGAUGUGUGUUUUUGAAUAUCAGUUAAAUGUGGUAAUUUCUGAAA